UAUUUGAAGAUGUAAUGUCAGUUCUGUAGUGCAGUUAAGACAGACUGUAUGACUAUUUCCAGCAGUGAGAAUUUCAACAUACACACAUGAUACAGAACAUUUUGUUUGGAUUUACUACUACUAGAAGUUAUUGUCAAAUACUAUAAUCAUGACGACCUGUCAAGUCAGAGUUUUGACACUUAACAAAGGCGAAAAUCUGCAGACAACUCUUUUUAGACUUGAAAAAGAAUGGCAUCUGCGUUUUGUUCUUGGUCCAUCCCUUCAUGCUAGCACAGUUAGACUGUAUUGUAACCAUCCUCCAAAGAAAGAGGUAGCAUUUGAGAGAACAACAUACUAUGAACUAGAGUGGAAGAGUUCCAGUGGAUCAAAAAGUGACAGCCAUGAUGUUUACACAGAAAUCUCCAUGAUCAUAGCUGGGUCAUUCAACUACUUUUUUACCAUUGAUAACAGUGGAGAUAUUGAAAAUGCAGAUGGACAAGGCUACUUUUUGGUUGAUCCCACUUUGUCAGUUGGGGAGCAAGGAAAACAGUACACUUUGGACUGUUUACAAUGCCAGUCAGUCAUUUCAAAAUGCCUUGGACCUUUUGAUGAAUGGGAAGGUCGGUUGUAUGUUUCCAAGGCAACUGGAUACAAUCUCAUACAUUUUACACCUAUUCAAGCCCUUGGAAAAUCAAACUCGGCUUAUUCAAUCAAAGAUCAGCUGAAGCUGAAUCCAGUAUACAUCAAGGAUGGACAAAAUUAUGACUUCAGUAAUGUUGAAGGUCUUAUCAAAAAGAUGAACAGGGAGUGGGAAGUUUUAUCAUUGACAGACUUGGUGUAUAAUCACACGGCUAACAAUAGUCAGUGGUUAGAGGAGCAUCCUGAGUGUGGGUAUAACAUGCAAAAUUCUCCACAUCUUAAGCCAGCGUACUUACUGGACAGGAUUUUCGCACACUUCAGUUUUGAGGUGGCUGAAGGGAAGUGGAUAAGCAAAGGCAUACAGCCAACUAUUGAGAAGGAAGCUGAUAUUCAGAAAAUAAGAGAAGUUCUGCUGUAUGAGGUGCUCCCUGGAUUCAAAAUGCAUGAAUUUUACUCUCUAAACAUUGAGGAUGUUAUGAAAAGAUUCAAACAUGGAAUUGAAGAAAACCGAUACAUAAAAACUGACAGCAAACAGUUAGAGUUUAUUCAAGAUCCACAAUUUGAAAGGAAUGGUUGCAGAAUAGACAUGGAUGUAGCCCUAAAGCUGUACAAUACUGAUAGACCUGGUGCCAUCAAUAGAGAACAGAGAAUUAAGAAAUGUUGUGAGUGUUUAAAGGCAGAUUUGGAUGCACUUAACAAGGUGAGACUGGAUGCUCUACAUGACCAUCUGAAUGAAGCGGUGAACAAUUACAUGGCCAAUAUACGGUGGAGAUUCCUCGAUCCAGAUGGACCCAUGAUUAAACAGGUUACAAAGAGAGAGCCUCUGAUGCAUAAUUAUUUCAUAGUACCUGACAAAUACACUGGUUCAGUGGGCUCCGAGGAGUUGUUAAUGAAUGGCGAUGCUGGCAAAUACAUAUUUGCUUGUAAUGGUUGGGUGAUGGGUGAUGAUCCACUCAGAAACUUUGCAGAAUCAGGUUCGAAUGUGUAUCUUCGUAGAGAGUUGGUAGGAUGGGGAGAUAGUGCUAAGUUAAGGUAUGGUAAGAAACCUGAGGAUUGUCCGUAUUUGUGGCAGAGAAUGAAGGAGUACACUGAAAUCACUGCAAGAAUCUUCCAUGGUGUUAGGUUAGACAACUGUCAUAGCACACCUAUACAUGUUGCUGAGUAUAUGCUUGAUGCAGCACGAAAGAUCCGUCCAGACUUGUAUGUGAUCGCAGAACUGUUCACUGGAGGAGAACAUCUAGAUAAUAUCUUCAUAAAUAGGCUUGGAAUCAAUUCACUUAUCAGAGAGGCUAUGAGUGCCAAAAGCAGUUUCAAACUUGGUGGUUUGAUACACCGAUAUGGAGGUCAGCCAGUGGGUGCUUUCAUCCAGCCACGUAUGAAACCCCUUGUUAAAAGUAUGGCACAUGCUGUUUUGUAUGAUCAAACUCAUGAUAACCCGUCUCCUAUCAAGACAAAAUCAGCAUAUGAUAUGUUACCAACAGCAGCUCUAGUGUCCAUGGCAUGCUGUGCUACAGGAAGUAACAGAGGCUAUGAUCAAAUGGUACCACACCAUAUACAUGUAGUUAAAGAGGACAGAAAGUAUACAUCAUGGGCAGACUGGGACUUCCCUGACAGACCCUACAUCAACCAAACAUUUGGAAUCAGUCGAGCAAAAACACUGAUCAACAACUUGCAUUUUAUGAUGGGAAGUGGUGGCAUAAUGAAUGAUAAAAAAGAGAAACACAGUUUUUCCCAGGUGUAUGUAGAUCAGGUAGAUGAACACACUGUGUCAGUGACCCGCCAUAAUCCAGUCACACAUGAGUCAAUUGUGCUGGUUGCUCGUACAGCAUUUAGUGAACCAAAGGAGCCAGAAAAAGCUCCAUAUAUUAGACCUCUGACAGUACAAGGUGUGAUAGAGAACAUUCUGUUUGAGAUACAGACUUUCCACACAGAGGCUUAUGAGUAUACAGAAGAUGAAGAUUUCAUUAAUGGUCUGCCCGACUAUUACCUCAAACUACAGGAGAAUAUACCCCCUAGUCUUAGCAAGAUGGUCAGAGUCAAUGUCACUGAUGAUGGAACGUGUUCUGUAAUCAAUUUUGAAACAUUUACUCCUGGCAGUGUGAUAGCUUUCAGGAGUGUGUUACCUAAGCCAGCACAGCAGGCAAUAUUAGAGAUUAGACGAGGUCUUGGACAGUUUGGCUACCUAAUGAGGUCCUACAGUGGUCGUAAACUGUUUGAUGAAACUGUAGACACGUCCAACUUCCGCUCGAUUGUUUCUGCAUUAACACUGGAUGAUCUGAAUAUAAUACUGUUUCGCUGUAGAGGGGAGGAAGAGGCUGAUGGGAAGGGUGUUAGUGUCUAUAAUAUUCCAGGUUAUGGAGAUCUGAACUACUGUGGAUUGAGAGGUGUAACAACUGUGCUUGGUCAGGUGAGAUCUCAUAAUGAUCUAGGACAUCCAUUGUGCGGAAAUCUACGUGAUGGUGAUUGGAUGCCGUCAUAUAUAGCUAACAGAUUACUACUACAUCCAGGAACUGAAAAUUUAGGUCAUUGGUUCCAAAACCUGUUCCAGCAUUUAUCAAAGGUUCCAAGAUAUUUGAUUCCAUCUUAUUUUGAUGCCAUCAUCACUGGAGCUUAUGUGAUACUUAGACAGCAGGCUUUCACACUAAUGUCAGACUUUGUGGCAGAUGGAUCAACGUUUAUCCAGGCCUUAGCCAUGGGUUCAGUGAUGUUUUGUGGGUAUGUGAAACAUGCACGCUUGCCAUUCCUGUCCCCUGACCUUGACUCUCCUAAACCUCCAACAAUAAAGGUAGAGACGAAGGAAGGCAUUGAAGAGGAAGAAGCAUGUCUGACACUAGCAGCAGGUUUUCCACAUUUUGCGAGUAGUUAUAUGCGUAACUGGGGUAGAGAUACAUUUAUAGCACUGAGGGGCCUUCUUUUGUUGACAGGCAGAUAUCAGGAGGCAAGAUAUAUCAUCUUAGCGUUUGGGGGAUGUUUACGGCAUGGUUUGAUACCUAAUCUGCUGAAUGAAGGUUCUGGUGCCCGGUACAACUGUCGUGAUGCCACGUGGUUCUGGCUGCAGGCAAUACAAGAUUACUGUAAGCUGGUACCAGAAGGUCAUGCCAUCCUGAAAGAUAAGGUGUCAAGAUUAUACCCUGAGGAUGAUUCGGAGAUGAAAAAACCUGGAGAACAUGAGCAACCACUGUGUGAGGUGAUGCAAGAAGCCAUCCAGAGACAUGCAGUAGGUCAGAAAUUCAGGGAGAGAAAUGCUGGCCCAAAAAUAGAUAGUCAAAUGAAUACAAAUGGAUUUGAACUUGAGAUAGGUGUUAAAUGGGAGACAGGAUUUGUAUAUGGUGGAAAUGAGCAUAAUUGUGGAACUUGGAUGGACAAAAUGGGAAGCUCAGAAAAGGCUGGAACUAAAGGAAAACCUGCUACACCUAGAGAUGGUUCUGCAGUAGAACUGAUUGGAUUAUCAGCAUCAUGUGUUUUAUGGCUGCAUAAUCUACAUGAGGAAGGAUUAUAUCCGUAUGAAGGUGUUAACGUUGUGAAACAUGGAAGUGAUGAGCUGAUAACAUUCAAAGCCUGGCAUGAGUUACUAUGUGCGAACUUUGAGAGUUGUUUCUGGGUGAACACUGAGCCAUACCCUGAAGAGGAGGCCCCGGAGUUGAUCUUCAGACGGGGAAUAUACAAAGAUACCUACAAUGCCACACAGUUCUGGGCAAAUACACAACUAAGACCCAACUACCCCAUUGCAAUGGUUGUGGCACCUGAUUUGUUUACACCAGAGAGAGCUUGGACUGCAUUACAAACAAUGCAGGAAAAUUUACUGGGUCCACUUGGAAUGAAAACACUAGAUCCAAGUGACUGGAGCUAUGUUCCAUACUACGAUAACAGUAAUGACUCGGAGGAUGGAAAGAUUGCCAAAGGAUUUAGCUAUCACCAAGGACCUGAGUGGGUAUGGCCUAUUGGAUAUUUCCUUAGAGCCAAGUUACUUUUUGCAAGAAAAUUAGAGUCAUCAAGACCAGGAAUCCUGCGUGAAACAGUGAUGUUUAUCAGGACAACUUUGACACGUCACUAUGAGGAAGUGAUGAAAUCUAGCUGGAGAUCCCUGCCUGAAGUUACCAAUCAUAACGCAGAGCCCAAUAAUUUUGGCUGCCCUGCCCAGGCUUGGAGUGUAUCAUGUGUGCUGGAUGUGUUAUAUGAUCUUGAAAAGCUGGAUACAGAUGUUACAAUCCAACCUAGCAAGUCUACAGAAAACCUUGUAGUUGCUCCAGUAUAAAUUGAUCAAAGAGGAGUACUUGAACUUUAAUAGAAAUUUUGUGACAGUUAGUGACUUAUGAAGUCCUAGAAGAUUGAAUAUACAAUAUAUAUGUAUAAUUCUGUGGAGUAAGCUUCCUUUACUUGAGGGCAUUAAAUUCAGAAGUAAGAGAGUAGGAAUAUUUUAGCACUAUAUUUUUUAUGUACAGAAAAUGAUGAUUGAGAUUGUCAUAUGUAAGCAAAAUAUUGCAUGUAAGAUUUUGUUUUUGCACAAAUUCAGUGUAAUACAUGUAGUUGAUUUAACAUGUACUACAAGCAAAUGUUAUGGUCACAUAGAUACUGUUAUAGUUACCAGACUAUGUAUAUGCUAUCUAUCACACAAAAAAACAAUAUUGCUAAAAUGAUGCAGACAUAAAUAGUUGUGUAUAUUGUGUGUGCCACUGUGUACAAACGAUUGAAUUCGUAGAAAUUAAUGUCUAAUUUCUUGAUACAAUAUGAUACUGAGCUUUUAUCAGCUACACGAAACUUUAAAAAAAAUGAGUAUUUCGUAUUAUGUCUUUUGAUUAAUGAAAUCCUUUGGAAACAGGUGGAGUUGAAUCAAAUAUGUUAAUCAGUAUUAAAUUGUGUAAAUGUGUUUGACCGGUAUUAGACUUAUUAAGAGAGCUUGUAUAUUUGUCGUAUCACAAAUUUUAUGGAAUAUGGUAGUUUCUAGACUCAUAGAAACUCUUUGCAAAAUAAAAAUAUUAGUACCUUUUGCUUGCAAUAGUUUAUACAUAUUGAAGAAAUGCAUUUAAUAGAUAUGAGAUACAUGGUAAUUACUGUUUUACCAGAAGAAACAUCGUCACUAGAACAUUGGGUUUAGCUUUAAAAGCACCUAUAUAAUGGUAGUUAAACAAAUAAGAUUUUUCUUGUCCAUUAUAGUUUGUCAGAUCAGCAAUGUUAUUGCAAAAUGAGUAAGCUCUUUACAGGUGUGUUUCUAACUUACAACAACCACUCAUUAAUUCUGCCAUGGCUGAAUUACCCAUAUACCGGUAUAAGGUAGAAUUUUACCUUGGCUUAUAAAAGGGGAUAUGUGCUUGUUUUUAUGAGCUUUGACUUUCAUAAAAUAUGUUACAAAAUUAUAAGAUGUUGAAAUUGUGCAUACCAGAGCUUGAAAGCCGUCGUUUACUCCACGGUGUAAGAUGACUCUUGUGCUGCAAUUAUUAUAUAAUGAAAUACAUCUUUAUGGUAGAUUACUGCAGUAAUUGUUAUUUCUUAAUGUAAAUUCAGAUGAAAUUUAAACACCUUGGUAAUUCCUCUUUGUUCUUUAUAGCCUAUUUCUCGAAUCAAAACAAGUUAUUUUAUGGCAGAAAAUAUUCUUGCUACAGACCAUAAAAUUGGAACUCCAGCAUUGUAGUAGUGAGAAAUAUCCAACUCUCUGGUAACUGAUUCUACAUUAACUCUGCCGAGCCUAGUUACCCUCAAGCUGUAUAUUCCCAUCUAAACAUACAAUCAGUGAAAGAACUUUAUAGCUUAAAGAUCAUUUAUGAAUAAGACAUAGGCUCUCAAAGAUUUUUAUGAAACUCCUAACUGCAUUCCUCCUGAAUUUGUUUGCAAUUCCAUAUAGAAUGAAAGAGUUGAUCUGCUAACAAGAAUUUUAAAAAAAUAUUAAUGGUUUUAUAGAUACAUGUGUAAUGUAUAUUUCAUUUGUGAUGAAAUUAGAAAAAAAAGUAUUUUUAAAUGUAACUCAAACAUAUUUUAAUAGGGCAUAAACAAGCAUGAAUGCACAAAAUAAUUUUUGUAGCUGUCUCAAACAGCAUAUGUUUAAUUUAGAAUUCUUAAAUGUAGUGUUUCUAGUCAAUAUUUGCUUUUAGCAUUACUAACAGGGAAUUACAUAUUCAUAUUUACAUCAUCUCAGAUGGGGUAUAACAUUUAUAUUUGUUGCGUCUAAUGAGGCAUGGCUUACUCUUACUUUUGUCAUUAUACUCAUGGGGCAUAAUAAUGAGGCAUAGCUAUCUCUUUCUUUUGAAAUUACUAACGUUGGGAAUUGUAAUGAUAUUUCUAACAUAGUUGUGUCAUUACUGGUGGGCUAUAGCUAACUUUUACUUUUAACUUGACUAGCAGAGAAUAACUGUUAUAUAUUUCUGGUGUAAGGAGUAUAACUCAUUCAUAGAUUAAGCAUUACUAGCUAAGCAAAAUUAACACAUAUUCUGAUACAACUGACUCGAGAACAAAUAGGCCAGUUUUGGACGUUAGUGUUAGAUUGUAACUUGUUAUGUCCCCGGCAUCUACUGAUGCGGGAGGCAUAUAGUGAUUGUCCUGUCCGUCCGUACGAGGUUAACCAAAUGGGACUGUUUCGUCUAGUAUCAAUAUCCCUAACUAGAAUGACUUGAUACUAAUGCAGAUGUAACCUGUGACGAUUCCUUAUCUUCAGACAUCACCUGACCUCAGUUUGACCUUGACCUCGUUUUGGACUUCGGUUGCUUUGUAUAGACAAGGAUGCCACCGGGGGCAUCAAGCGUUUAUUGAACGCAGCUCCUUGUUCAUUUUGUCAAUACUAGUUGGACCCAGCCCAGUUUGACUUUUUGCAUUACUAUGGAGUGUAAUUAAUUUGUUUCAGUAUCACUAAUGGAUACAUUGCUAUACAAGUGGUUUUGACUCCAUUACGAUUCUGACUUUGCUAAGGGGGAAUAAUUCAUUCAUACUUAUGGAAUUACUAACAUAAUAUGACUCGGUCAUAGUACUGAUACACUAGCAAAGUACACCUUAUGUAUGCUGGAGAUGCUUGGUUCUAGAUGUAUUUACUGCAUAUAAGCCUUAUACAGAGAUUAACCUAGUUGUAACAUUCCAAACUAGACAUUUGUUAAUGUUUUACUUUAUCAAAGAUUAUGGAUUCUUCUGUUAUUGUUUAAUUCAUAAAUCAGGUUAUCAAUGUAGUAUUAUAUCACCAAAGGCAGCAACACUAUACACAUCACUGGUGUUUUUACCUCAUCUUGUCCUGAAGUCCAAAGACAACACAUUUUGCUUUCUUAUACAUGUAGGUUUGUUAUUGUCGAGCCCUCUUGCGGAAGCAAAGACAUAGUCAUCCAGAUUGCUGUUUGGUGUAUGUGUGUAAGUGCGUCCGUCCGGAUUUUUUUGUCCGGACCAUAACUUUGGCAUGCAUUGAGGAAUUUUGUUUAUAUUUGGUACGAAUGUUUAACUCAAUGAGACAGAGUGUCCUGUGCAAACCCUAGGUUCCUAUCUCAAAGGUCAAGGUCACAGUUAGGGGUCAAAGGUCAUUUAAGAGCUUGCCCAGGCCAUAACUUUGAUAAGUAUGGAGCAGUCUUUUCUUCUUUAGGGUAAAGAUUCACCUCUAUGUGACGGAGUGCUGUGCGCCAACCUCUGGUCCCUAUCUUAAAGGUUAAGGUCACACUUAGGGGUUAAAGAUCAUUUUAGAGCUUGUCCGGGCUGUAACUUUGCCAUGCAUAAAGCAAUCUCUUCUUUUAUUUGGCAUAAAUGUUUGCCUCAAGGAGACAGAGAGUCACACGCAACUCUCAGACCCCUGUGGGCUCGACAUGUUGCCCAUGGGCAUCUAGUCUUUAGUCUUGCUUUCCUCUUGUGUACUCGUCAUACCUAUAGCGCAGUGUUUUAUUAUGCUAUCGAACUACGCUUUUUAAUUCUAGUUCCCAUAAAUAAUAUUGAUGAUAAUCAAUGUAAGAGUAAUUGUUUGUUUGUAGAGAAGCCUUCAACACUGUCUGGGUAUUGUGUUUAUGCUUUUACAGAAAUUUGUAAUUUUAACAUGUAUGCCUGUCAUUACCAGCUCAUACAAAAAAAUUGUUUUGAGUUCAAGAUGUUUAUACAAAGUUUUAUAAAAAGUAUUAAAUUGCUGCAUUUACAAGAGUGAAUUCCAAUACUCAUCUGCGUUUUUUCCCAGCAGUUGUAAACCCUGUCAACGUAUGUUCUGUUUGGUUUCCUCUAGUGUUUCAAAUGUUUAACAGUUAUGCACAAAGUUCAUUUAAACUACCUGUGUUGCAAGAUUUCCAUUCAGUUAUCAGUGAAAUCUUUAUGUAAACCCAAGUGGAAGACUAAACAUCUGACAUCUAGAUAGGUAUUAAGAAACCUUUCUUAGUUUACUAAAGACUUGUACCAUGUUAUUUCGAGAAUUUCUCCACAGAAUUAUAAAUGGGUUGAAUGGUUUUAAGUGAAACUUGCAAUUUUUACUGAAGAAUAUUAUUGCAGUGUUCUCACAGAUGAAGCAAGGUGCUGUCAGCAUAUUAACAUACCUGUGUAUACAUGUAUUUUUAUUUUUAAUAAUGUGUUAUAACAUACAGAUUUUGUAUGUGUGAUAACAGUUUUUAUAUUGUUCUUAUAGUAGAAAGAUAUCAUUUUUAAUUAAAGCAUUGUGCAUGGUACCUUCAGAUACACAAAAUUACUAAAAGUUUACAAAUUUAUAAGUAAUUGUCUCCAGAGUUGUAUUAUGGCCGUAUGGUUAGCAUCAUUGAAAUCUACUAUAAAGAACAAAGUGCAGCUACUUUGCUUUACCAAAAAAAAAAUUAAUACAAGUGGAUCGGCAAAGCUGUAUCACUGACAAGGAGUAAUAUGGAUUGUACUUCACUGAUAAAACACAGUAUUUUGUCAUUUAGCAUAAAAUCAAAGGUAACAUUAUUAAUUUAGAAUUGUUUCUUUGCUUAAUAUCGCUGUUAUUCAUGACUGUACGAAUUGCUAGACUGAAUAAGAUAAUAAGGAUAAGAUAAUAUUUCCAUGAUUCGUUCCUAAUUUUAUGUGAUGUAGCUUGCAUUCCUACUUAAUGUGAACUACAUGUAUGCUUAUAUCCACUUGUUACCUUUUAAUAUAAUAAUAUGUGAUAUAUGUAUGUCUGUUGUAUGUUGUUGCUUCAAGUGAAUGUUUAUAGUAUAGGUUUUCACAUACAUGUAUGCUGGAAGUUUAUGUCAUAGAUUUUCAUAUACUUGUGUUUUUUGCAUGGGGUAAUGGUUGUCUUACUUGCGCUCACAAACACACGUUGAAUUUUCAAGCCAGUAUUAUUCCAGCUGAAACCACUGGUGUUACUCAAUGAUUAUGCACUUCAUUUUGUUAAACUAGGAAGAAAUUACAACUGCUUCUAAUGUCAGUAGAAACCUGUUGUACAAAAUGAAAUGCCUCUGUAUCUGUGUUAUGGUUGCCUAGAAUUUAUGUAUGCGUAGUGUUCAUGCUGUUUGAGUAAAAUAAUUCCAUUUAAAUCUUUUUUUUUGUAUUGUUUGCAGGCAUUUAUGAUUCUUUUUUGCUUUUUGUAAAUAUAAUGGCCAAAAUUGUACCCCCCGACAACAAAGUUGUAAGGGGGGGUAUACUGGUUUCAGGUUGUCUGUCCGUCUGUCUGUCUGGUCGUCUGUCCGUAGACGCAAUCUUGUGCGCACCAUCUCUCCUUAUCCCCUUGACAGAAUUUAAUGAAACUUCACACAAGUGAUCAGUACCAACAGUAGUUGUGCAUGGGGCAUGUUAGGUUCUUUUAGAAAAAAAAUUUGCAGAGUUAUGGGACUUUGUUUUUUUGUUACUAUACUAUAUACAUAGACACAAUCUUGUGCGCACCAUCUCUCCUCAUCCCCUUGACACAAUUUAAUGAAACUUCACACAAGUGAUCAGUACCAACAGUAGUUGUGCAUGGGGCAUGUUAGGUUCUUUUAGGAAAAAAAUUUGCAGAGUUAUGGGACUUUGUUUUUUUGUUACUAUACUAUAUACAUAGACACAAUCUUGUGCGCACCAUCUCUCCUCAUCCCCUUGACACAAUUUAAUGAAACUUCACACAACUGAUCAGUAACAACAGUAGUUGUGCAUGGGGCAUGUUAGGUUCUUUCAGAAAAAAAUUUGCAGAGUUAUGGGACUUUGUUUUUUUGUUACUAUACUAUAUACAUAGACACAAUCUUGUGCGCACCAUCUCUCCUCAUCCCCUUGACACAAUUUAAUGAAACUUCACACAACUGAUCAGUAACAACAGUAGUUGUGCAUGGGGCAUGUUAGGUUCUUUCAGCGACAAAAAUUGCAGAGUUAUGGGACUUUGUUUCUUGUUAACAUACUAUGUACAUACAGCCUGCAUAUGCAAUCUUGUGCGUGCCUAAUCUACCAAACCCUUGCACACAAUUUAAUGAAACUUCACACAAGUGAUCAGUACCAACCCUAGUUGUGCAUGGUACAUGUUACAUUCUUUUAGAUAAAUAUUCUGCAUAGUUAUGGGACUUUGUUUUUUGUUACUAUACUGUAUACAUACAGUCCACGUAAUUAUGCAGUCUAGUGUGUGUCAAAUUCAGUGUACUGUGUCAGUGCAUGAGGGGGGUACAUUCAUCACCUUUAGUGAUAGCUCUAGUUUAACAUCAGUUUUUAAGGGCGUUGUGUGUUGGAGUUGAUGCUAUGAUUUGAUGAAAUAACAAACAUAGUGUUGAUUUCCAAAACUAUUUUGUCUAUUCACUUACCUCAGAUGCUUGCAGCACCUCCACAAUUAGUGUAUAGUUGGACAUAUCUGAAAGGUCUUCGGAAAUUGUAUUAUCACAGUUUUACUGUUUCGAUACUUACUGUUUGUGCUGAGGAUAACAGAAAUCUUGCCUGAUUGGUAUGGAAAAUAUUUAUCUUGCUUUUUUGCAUUUAUGAUGUACUAUUUGCAGGCCUGUAUAAUGAUUAUGUUUUAUUGUGUUAAAACCAAAGUAUGUUGUGGCUGUGUUGAAUUUUUCUUUUACUUACCAGUAAUAGUGUAGUUAAAGCUACUCGCCCAAAGUUUGGAUGGAAAUUUUCAACAUGUUCAUUUUCACUAAGUUUGGCAUAGGAUGUAUAUAUAACACUGAAAAAUGAUAAAGUGGGUGAAAAAAAGUUAGGUAUUGGUAAAAAUGAAAGAAGAAUAGAAUUUUUCUUCAUUAUUUCAAGUGUUGCAAUGGUUUACUACCUUCUGCAAAAUAUAUUUGGUAAAUCAUAAGAAUAUCUUGCAAAAAUCUUAUGUUAAUAAGUUAGUACCUACUAGUCACUUUUAGAGUACUCACUUUUUAUUGAUUUUUUAAUGAAAUUAUUUUUUGCCCGAAAUGUGCGGGUUAGUCCCUAAGUAAGUAUUUCAAAAUGUUGACCUUUUGAAAAAUUUUCUCCUGUAGUUCUGUUAUGUAUUAUCAGCUGAAACUUGUUAAUAUGAUCAGUUCUAAGGCCAGUACUUCUUACUAAGUUGAUGUAAAAUUUGUGAUAUUAAUUAUUUGAGAAAGAAAGAAGAUUACAACGAAAAUUUUUACAAAUGUAAUGUUACAUUGAUGAAUGUGGGUUUCAGCUUUUCAUGUUAAAUAUUUGAAUCGGACUGUGUAAAUUAUUAUGAUACCAGUCUUGAGAAGUUUGCUUUUUUGCUGUAUUUCUACUUUUCCAAGUGUUACAAUCCAAGGACUGUUUCUAUUUUGUAUCAACUGUUUAAGACCUGAAGCAUGUUCCUCCUUAUUUGAUCCAGAUUUUACUAAAUAAUCUCUUCAUGGAGCAUAAAUGAAGAACCUUGUUUCUGGAACUUGUCCAUGUUUACAGUUUGUUAAAAUGACAAGAACACUAGUAAUUAACUUCUGAAAUUGAGACAGAUUUUUUCCUUUAUGGGGCAUUGUUAUUUAAGUUUUAGUGAGUUUAAGGUCUUCUGGUGAAAUAUAUGUAUUUGCUGUGUUGGCAUUUAGUUAAAAGGGAACUAAGUUAAACUACAUAUGGCAUUAUGGAUUUUCAGGUAAUCAGCUUUUAUGAUAGUCUCAGCUGAAAAUGGAAGUUCCUGUAAAUUCACUUACAAAUAUUAUAAUUGUUGUCAAGCUAAUUACACAAAUUGUUAUUAGUGUUAAGUGGUUUGCACAAUUGAAAUUAUUAUGAACUAUAUUUCUGUUGAUGUAUUUGUAGUUAGGCACUUUAUUGAAAAGCUAUUGUUAUUUUGUCUUUAUUUUGUAAACAUAACAUAACAUGUUAUGUAUUUUGUAAAGGUAUGAUAGCUUUGCAUUAAGGUGUCAGUUUAGAUCAUUAGUAUGUUAUGUGGUUUUUAUCCUGUGUUGCUAUUUCUUAUUAGGUAAUUAGGUUUUGCUACUCAGAAAGUAAUUAAAAAGGAAAAUGAUAAAA